AAGGCCUCUUUAAGGGAUGCCUAGCCUGUGCUUCCCAUCCCCAUCAGGUGGUUUGGCAAUGGAAGGUGACCCAGGCUGUGUGCCAGGCCCUCCGUGAGAAGAAGGACUUCCCUGUGCUGGGGGCAGGCCAGGAGCCAUCCGUGCCUCCCGCCUGCCGCUGUGUGGCAUAUACCUUCCACCGAGAGGGCCGGUUCUGCCAGGCUACCUACGAGGGCGAGUGGUGCCGGGGCAAGCUACAUGGCAAGGGAACCCUGAAGUGGCCGGAUGGCCGGAAUCACGUUGGAGAUUUCUGCUGGGGCCUGGAGCAUGGCUUUGGCAUCUGCCUGGUGCCCCAGGGCUCCGAGGACAAGUUUGACUGUUACAAGUGCCACUGGCGGGAAGGCAGCAUGUGUGACUAUGGUAUCUGUGAGUACGGCACUGACGAGGUGUACAAGGGCUACUUCCAGGAGGGCCUGCGGCAUGGAUUUGGGGUUCUAGACAGUGCGCCGCAUGCCCCUCAGCCCUUCAGGUACACAGGUCAUUGGGAGAGGGGCCAGAGGAGUGGCUAUGGCAUCGAGGAUGAUGGUGACAGGGGGGAGCGAUACAUUGGCAUGUGGCAGGCGGACCAACGACAUGGCCCUGGAGUUGUGGUCACCCAGGCAGGGGUCUGCUACCAGGGCACCUUCCAGGUGGAUAAGAUGGUGGGCCCAGGCAUCCUCCUGUCUGAAGAUGACUCCCUGUACGAGGGCACCUUCACCAGGGACCUGACACUCACGGGGAAGGGCAAGGUCACCUUCCCCAAUGGCUUCACCCUGGAGGGCUCGUUUGGCAGUGGGGCAGGGAAAGGACUGUACACACAGGGUGUGCUGGACACAGCCACUGUCCUGCCAGACCCGAGCAACACCCGCAAGAGGCAGCUGGGUCUGGGUGCCUUCCCCGUAGAGAACCGGUGGCAGGGAGUGUACAGGCCCUUCCGGGCCUUUGUGCAUGCAGGAUGCCCAGGGGACCGGCAGGAGGCCCUGCUGGGCUUCCAUGUGCAGAGCUCACGGGAGCUACGCAGGUCCCAGGAGUACCUCUGCUGUGAGAGCCACCCCAAGGACAGCACGGGGAGUAUGGAGGACACCCUGGAAGAGUUGCUGCAGCACCGGGAGCCCAAGGCCUUGCGGGAAUACCUCAGGAAGGCCCUCAGCAACUCCCGGCACCCCCUGGGGAAGCUGCUACGGAUGCUGAUGCUGACUUUCCAGGCUACGUACGCGGGCAUGGGGGCCAACAAGCAUCUACAGGGUCUGGCCCAGGAGGAGGUGAAACAGCACGCCCAGGAGCUCUGGGCCACCUACAGGGGUCUGCUGAAGGUGGCCCUGGGGCUCAAGGGACAGGUCUUGGAGGAGGAAGAUGCAGAGACAAGGGACCUGCAGGUACAUGGAUUGAUGCUACCCCUCGUGCUGCCCAGCUUCUACUCAGAGCUCUUCACGCUCUACCUGCUUCUUCAUGAGAAAGAGGACAGUCUCUACAGCCAGGGCAUCACCAACCUGAGCCUGUUUCCAGACACCAAGCUGCUGGAGUUCCUGGAUGUGCAGAAGCACCUGUGGCCUCUCAAGGACCUCAAGCUGACAAGCAAUCAGAGGUGCUCCCUGGUCAGGGACAAGUGCUUCCUGUCUGCCACUGAGUGCCUACAGAAGAUCAUCACCACGGUGGAUCCACGGGAGAGGCUGGAGGUGCUGGAGAAGACUUAUGGGGAAAUCGAGGCCACUGUGGCGCGGGUGCUGGGCCGGGAGCACAAGCUGCCCAUGGACGACCUGCUACCACUGCUCAUCUAUGUGGUGUCGCGGGCCCGGAUUCAGCACCUGGGAGCUGAGAUCCACCUGAUCCGAGACAUGAUGGACCCUACCCACACAGGAGGCCUGUACGACUUCCUGCUCACAGCUCUGGAGUCCUGUUAUGAGCACAUCCAGAAGGAAGACAUGAGGCUGUACCGCCUGCCUUGCCGCUGGGUCAGAGAGCUGUGGUAACACGGCCACUCCUGGACAAAGUACAGCGCUGAGGGGCCUCAUGGACUUCCCGGAGCAGGCACUACCCACCUGCUUCCCAAGUCAGGCCACUGAGGAGUGGCCCUUGGAGGUGACUCUUGGAGGAGAUGGCAUUUUGCUUUUCCCAGGGAGACACUGCUGCCACUGCCUUGACAGUGGUGAGGAUGAGAGGUGGCCCUGGAGCUGGUGGCUUUCACUUGGCCAUUGGUCCAGGCUGGGAAACUGCCUCUCCCUGAAGCAGCGUGGUGUGGGUGAGGAACCUUGGCUUCUGUCUGCUUGAGCCUUGCACCCAAAUCACUGAGCCUCUUGGUGUUGCCUUCUGUAUGGUGGCAGGGUGGUGGGGUGGGUAGUCCAUAAAACACUUUCCAUCCAGCCAGCUGAGUCCUGACAUCUUUUCCAAGUCUGGCUUUAGUCCCCUGGGCUCAAAUGGAAAUUCUCAUGUCACCAUCAGUCUCUUUCUUCACUCGUGGUCAGAAGGCUCCAAGUUUCUUGGUUUUGGGGACUUUCUCCCAUGAGGCUUCUUCUGGGGACCUGCCUCCUUCCCUGCUCUGCCUUAGUGCCACCCUGGCCUGUCUGGGCUGUGUGGCAGGAAAGUUCCAGCUCCUCGCCAAGCUGCUGGGUGGCUUCUGGCAGCCCUUGCUCAUGUCCUAGUGUGCAGUAGAGGGGGUGGGCUCAGUUGUGAACUGCAGAGGCUCCUUAAAUGUAUUUUAUUAUUUUUUAUUAUGAUAUAUUAAUUGUACAAAGUGAAGAGUUUCAUUGUGAUAUUUCCAUGCAUGCAUAUAUGAUGUAAACAGCAGGGACCACUAAGCC